AUGCCUGGCACUAAGACCCCGAUCGAAGAUGAGAAACAAAGCCUCGAUCAUCUCGAGACGCUGAAACAAGAUGAUGAAGCCGCUGAACGAUUCAGCGGCAAGGAUGCAUCCUCCAUCAAGCGCCAGAUCGACUUCCGGCUCAUCCCCUGUCUGGGUCUUAUGUACUUCGUGUCCCUCAUGGAUCGAAAAAACGUGGCAAAUGCAGCCAUAGCCGGAAUGAGGACAGACCUCGACAUGCUGGGGGGAUACCGGUACAGCCUGAUGACACUCGUUUUCUUCAUUACCUAUGUUAUUCUCCAGCCUCCAAUGACUCUUCUAUGCCGCAAGAUUGGCCCUCGCAACUUUCUUCCUGGCAUCUGUUUGCUAUGGGGCUGCGUUAUUAUUGGUUUCGGAUUCAGCGACAAGUGGACGACGCUGGUGGCCUUGAGACUUAUCCUGGGAAUUUUCGAGGCCGGGUACUUUCCAGGCUGUGUUUAUCUGUUGUCGACUUGGUAUACUCGGUUCGAGGUUGCGCGGCGAUACUCGGUCUUUUAUCUCAUUGGCAGUUUCGGGUCUGCAUGUUCAGGAAUCCUUGCCUAUGGCUUGAUGCAAAUGGAGGGUGUCGAGGGCAUUCGUGGUUGGCGAUGGAUUUUCAUUAUGGAGGGCGUUAUAACCUGCGCAAUCGCCAUGUUCGCGUAUAUCUUCAUGAUCCGCUUUCCAGACGAAGAACGAGAUAGUCCGUCCCCCCGUUUCUUGAAGCCGCAGGAAUGUCAAUUUAUCAUCGACCGGUUGGAGCAGGACAGAGGAGAUGUAGAAGUUGAAGAAUUCAGGCUAGUGAAGUACCUCAAGCCGGCUCUGGAUCUCGAGGUCUGGGGGUUUGCCUUUAUUUUCUUCUGCUCCACGACCGUCUCGUACGCAUUCGCAUACUUUCUCCCCAUCAUCCUACGGGAAAACCUGAAUUUCAGCCUGGCGGCGUCUCAGUGCCUAAUUGCGCCGCCUUAUGCAUUCGCCGCAAUUCUGAUGUAUGCUACCUCCUGGGUGGGAGACCGCUAUCGGGUCCGGGGCAUUAUUAUCGUGGUGAACAGUCUGAUUGGGCUGAUUGGCCUGUGUAUUAUGGCCUUUCAUGCGGACGCUGCGGUCAAAUACUUUGGUGUGUUUCUGGCGGUUGCUGGGGUAAACGCCAAUAUGCCGGCUAUCAUGACAUAUCAGGCAAACAAUAUCCGCGGCCAGUGGAAGCGGGCGUUUUGUUCUGCGACGUUGACGGGCAUGGGCGGCAUUGGUGGAAUCGCAGGCAGUCUUGUCUUCAGAGCCCAAGACAAGCCAGAAUACUUGCCCGGCAUGGUGGCAACGAUCGUUGCCAGUGGUCUCGUGGUCAUUAUCGUCGGUCUUCUCUCGGUGUACUUCAAGAUUUCAAACAGGAAAGCCGACAAAGGGGAAAAGGUUAUCAACGAUGACCCGGACUUCAGGUAUACUAUAUAA